GCGGCUCCGCCUCCAGCCGGCGGCGCUGGGGCCAGACUGCGCAAGCGCAAAACCGCCCGCUCGCCCCGGAGGUCGGCGCCGGACUACGCAGGCGCGCCGGCGGGCCGCUCGCAGUGCGCAGGCGCCGCGCCGGAAGCGCUCCGACGUUAUUACUGGGCGCCUCUGCGCGCGCGGGAAGAUGGCUGAGCAGGUGACCAAGUCGGUGCUGUUCGUGUGUCUGGGCAACAUCUGUCGAUCACCCAUCGCAGAAGCGGUUUUCAGGAAACUUGUAACUGAUCAAAGCAUUUCAGAUCAUUGGGUCGUUGACAGUGGCGCUGUUUCUGACUGGAACGUGGGCCGGUCACCAGAUCCAAGAGCUGUGAGCUGCCUAAGAAAUCAUGGCAUUAACACAGCCCAUAAAGCAAGACAGAAUAACGCGUGUAUUUCCUGUUCUUUUGCAACACUGACUGUGGUCGAGUAUCGCGCUCUGCUUAACCAGGUCACCAAAGAAGACUUUGCCACUUUUGAUUAUAUUCUAUGUAUGGAUGAGAGCAAUCUGAGAGAUUUGAAUAGAAAAAGUAAUCAAGUUAAAAACUGCAGAGCGAAAAUCGAACUGCUCGGGAGCUAUGAUCCACAGAAACAGCUUAUCAUUGAAGAUCCCUAUUAUGGCAACGAGGCCGACUUUGAGACCGUCUACCAGCAGUGUGUGCGGUGCUGCAGGGCCUUCCUGGAGAAGGUUCGCUGACCGGCCGUCCCGCUGUGGCCCAGGCUCGUCCCCCCAGGCCGUGUGUCCAGUGUCAACCGUGUCACCGUUCCCGAGCCAAGGCUGCAGCCCUCUCUUCAGUUGACUCGCUGUUUCUCACCUGAAAAAAUAAUUGUAGAUGGAAGUCAGUCUUUGUGUUUGGCGAAAGAGUAAAUAAAAAACCUUUGAUUCAGGUAGUUUAUUUGGGUAAGAGUUCCUUAGACCAGCUAAACCUCCCACUACGCCCAGUUACAAAAGCAGGGGAGCAGUCGAAGAGUGGAGCAGAGCCCGGGAGAGCAUGGGGAAGUGGAGCGAGGCGCCCCUCUCGGCCUGCGCGGCCCCUCCCUCUGUGGCCGGGCCCUGCCCACGCCGCCCCCUGGGGCCUGGCGCCGGGAGCUGCCACUCGCUCAGGGCGCGGGCGCUCUCAGAAUGGGGAGGAGCUGCUCCGUGGGGCUCAUCUUCACCUUCACUCCUUCCUGGUUUGUGUCUGUGUGGUUCAUUUCAUAAGGAAGUCACCUUAUGUGUUCCCAUCUGAACCCCUUUGCCUCUGGAAAUGCAGCCGCAUCCGGGAGAAGGGCGUAUGUGCUGGUUUAUCUUAUCGGCUUAGGGACUGUGUCCGCGACGUGUGUAAUUGCCCAAAUGUCAAUUUUAGAUCACCUUGUGUGGGAAAAAGUAUUAAGUUGGAAAAAGUCCUUUUAUGUUGGAAUGCCUAAAUAUUGAUAAGUAUUCUUUUGUCAGCGCCUGGUUAUAGGGAAAUGUACAUAAUUUGUGCGCACUUUGAAAUAACUGAUCUAAAAGUCAUAUGAAUAUAUGUCAGAAAAAACUGUUCUCAAAUAAACUGGGGAAAUGGCAGAAACGCAA